CGUGAACUUGAGGAGUUUCCUAGUCCCGCUCCGACCGUCCGCCGCACCGCGCCUCUCCGACGCCUCCGCGCCAAAAGCUCCAACUUUCGCUUCAAAGUUUCGGCAACCUCCACGCCGUGUUCGGUGCCCGGGAACGGUCGGGAUUUAUGACCCCCCUUUUUGAGAGUUUUCCGAUACCACUGGGGAAGUUUAGUGAUAACGCGUGUGUCUCCUGGUGUGCCGGCCAGGCUUCCCAGGUUGGAACUUUCAAAAUCUUUGAAAACUUCUGAAAAGUCAAGGAUCGAGGCUGAUUACUUUCGCAGGUUCGGACGCUGGAUCUGCGCGCUAUGGAGAAAUUAAGCCUACAGGAUGGCAAAAUCUUGGAGAGGCACUCUGCAGGAUGGCAGAAAUGCGUUCCUCAACGGUAUGUGAUAGCGCUGUUGUGCUUCAUGGCAAUGGUGAUGUGUUACAUCCACCGAUUCUGUCUCAGCCUUGCCAUCACAGCCAUGGCCGAGUCCAAACACCACAUCAUUGCUUCAGCUUCCCAGUGCGGCCCCAAACCCAACCAGACUCUCUCCAGUUCUGCGGUCCUUUUAACGGCGGAAACCUACGAGUUUGAUUGGGAUGAGGAGAUCCAAGGCAUGAUUUUAAGUGCCUUCUUUUGGGGCUAUGUUCUAUCCCAAAUACCAGGAGGAGUCCUGGCAGAUCGUUACGGAGGCAAAAAGACAUUGGGAUUUGGAAUGGGCCUCUCGAUAACUUGUACCCUCUUAACUCCGUACUUCGCAAGGACAUUCGGUCACCGAGGGAUGGUCCUAAUCCGAUUCAUCUUGGGUCUCGGACAGGGACCAGUAUAUCCAUCUGUAAAUACUUUACUCGCACAGUGGGUUCCACCAACAGAAAGAGGGAGAAUGGGAGCUUUUGUUUUUGCAGGGGCUAUGAUCGGUAAUGUUGUGUCCAUGGCACUAAGCGGUGUUAUUAUUAGGUAUAUCAGAGGAGGUUGGGCCAGUCUUUUCCUAAUCUAUGGAGGAGCUGGUAUCGUAUGGUUGGUCCUGUGGCAUAUAUUUGCAUACAACGACCCAUUAUCAAAUCCAUACAUGUCUGACAAGGAGAGAGAAUAUUUGGAAAAGAACACAGGAGGCCUCCAAAGAAACAAGGACCUUCCAGCAACUCCAUGGAGACGAAUUUUCACAUCGGGACCCGUAUGGGGCUUAAUAGUUGCACAAAUUGGUCAUGACUGGGGUCUUUUCACCAUCAUCACAGAUCUACCAAAAUACAUGAAAAGUGUUCUUCAUUUCUCAAUCACCCAGAAUGGCGCUCUCUCUGCUCUUCCAUACAUUGUCAUGUGGUUUGCAGCCCUCAUGUCUGGGGGAAUUGUAGACUAUCUCAUCAAGCCAGAUAGGCUGUCUACUACUACCGUCAGAAAAAUCUUUGUCACGAUUGCUUCAGCAGGUCCCGCCAUUGGCAUAUUAGCAGCAUCAUACUCAGGCUGCGAUAAACUUCUGGCCAUGAUUUCUUUCACAUUCGGCAUGGGCCUAAUGGGUGCCUUUGUUCCUAGUCUCAAGGUCAAUGCCUUGGAUUUAAGUCCCAACUAUGCUGGUACGCUCAUGGCUGUUGUCGGUGGUAUAGGGGCUAUGUCUGGGAUCCUAACACCAUACUUAGUUGGCGUUCUCACUCCUGAUGGUACUUUAGAGGAGUGGAGGACAGUCUUCUGGUUAUCAAGCAUUGUGUUAAUUAUAACAAACAUCAUCUAUGUGGCCUUAGGUUCUGGUGAAAUCCAACCCUGGAACUAAACCCCAAGGAUAAAAUUAGGUAGUUAGCAUCCUUACCAGGAAGUGCAAAGUUUAUAUUUUUUUUUUGGAAAAGGUUUGAGCUCAAUUCAUCAAUAUAGCUUGUCCUCUCGUAAAUUUGUAUGCAAGUUUCACAUAUCAACUGGUUAGUUAAUCUGAUGAAAAUUCAUUCCCAAGGUAACAGUAUUCAAUUUAUAUUUAAGCCCCUCAAGUAAAUUGUUGAUCGAAAUUUCGUGCCUCAAGUUGUUCUGUGAUUGGAAUAUUAAUUCGGACAACCUGUAUGGACGUCUAAUUGUCUCGUGUAAAUUUUCCAUCAGCUUCAGGUCUUAAUAAUUUUAGAGCAGCUAUGUAUCAUAGGCUCUGAAUAACUCUGUUGAGCACAGAAUAAUUUCUUAAAAAAAUAAAAAUAAAUAAUUUUUUAAAGAGGAAUUUCCCUAUUCAAGAACUGGUUAUGUGUCACCACAAGGCUCUGGAGUUUGAUUAAUCACUAUCUCAAUUUCCAAUUAAACGUAUUUUUCCUGAAAGAAACUAUGUAAAAAUGAAUUAAAUCAAAGAAUAACUAUGAUACACGCA